AUGUCGGUUCAGGACCUCGCUAUGCUGAAAAAACAGCGCGGGCUUAUCAAAGCUUCCUGCACGCGUAUCAAAACGUACGUAGAUUCAAUAGGUCAGCCUUCUGCAUUAGUAAUCGCUCAGCUCGAGGAGCGUAAAAGCAAGCUAGAAAAUUCCUGGAUUGAGUACAACACCGUACAAACCAGAUUAGAGCUCGCCGAUGAUGCCGAGGCCAGCGAUCGCAUCGCUUUCGAAGAGGCAUUCUAUUCUUUAGCCGCCAGAAUAAGAGAAUUAACCGCUUCAGCGCCGCCAGCACGCGGGUCAGGCGCGGUCUCGUCGUCCACCGCUGACUCGCGGGGGGCGCCUGAAUCGGUAUCUCACGUGCGACUUCCAAAAUUAAGUCUUCCGAGUUUCUCGGGCAAGUACGAUGAGUGGUUCCCAUUCCGCGAUAUGUUCAACUCUGUCAUACAUCUCAAUUCCGCGCUCAGUAACGCACAAAAACUGCAGUACCUCAAAUCGUCGGUUAUCGGCGAAGCAAGUAACAUUAUCUGUUCGUUGGAACUGUCCGACGCCAAUUACGAAGUCGCAUGGUCGCGUCUCAGGGAGCGUUACGAUAAUCAACGCGUCGUCAUGCAAAAUGACAUUAGAGCCAUAAUGGAGCUACCUUCACUAGCUAAGGAAAAUUAUAUCGAAUUACGACAAAUCGCGGACGGAGCCGCGAAACAUUUACAUGCGCUUCAAGCCUUGAAGCGACCAUGCGACAAAUGGGACGACAUAUUAAUUGUCAUUUUGACUUCGAAACUCGAUUCGCGCACGGCCCGUGAGUGGCAGUCCUCCUUGACGGGAGCCGAGCUGCCCACUCUUAAACAGUUCUUCGAUUUUCUCAACCAUUACUGUCAAGCUUUGGAAGCAAGCACAAAGCCAAGUAACAGCGUCGCGAAAGGGGCGGCUAGAAAUUCUCAAUCUGAUUCGAAGCGUCAACUGUCUUGUCUCGCGACCAUUAAAACAAAAUGCAACUAUUGCAAGGGAGAACACUCAAUUUAUCAUUGCAAGGAUUUUUUAGCUCUCCCCGUUCAGCAAAGAAACCUCGAAAUUCGCAGUCGAAAACUUUGUACCAACUGUUUAAGAUCCAAGUCUCACAGUGCAGGUAGAUGCCCUUCAGGCAAAUGCAAGGUAUGUCAGGUCAGGCAUAACACUCUUUUGCAUUCAACACCGGCUCCCCCCGCGGCUACUGAUCAGAAUGGCGAGGAUUCCGGAAAUUUUAAGCCUGCUAAUGUUAUGCAAGUUACGUCCACCCACGCCUCAUAUAAUUCCGAUGGUAACGAUGUGUUUCUAUCAACGGCCGUCGUUUACGCGUUCGAUUGCCAGGGCACUCCUCGACCCUGUCGCGUGCUAUUGGACUGCGGUUCGCAGGCCAAUUUCAUUUCUAAACAAUUUCUAGCAACCCUGGGACUAAAGCCUCGGCCAUUAAACGUUACCAUCACCGGCGUGAACGGUUCCGCGACGACGUCCACGCAAUCGGCUAAGAUACGAUUACAAUCUCGUGUAAGCGCUUACACCGCUAUAACGGAAUGCAUCGUUUCCGAACGGGUGACUGAGAACCUUCCGGUCGCUUCGUUCAAGCGUAAGGCCAUGAAGCUUCCGCGCAAUAUAUCCUUGGCUGACCCGAACUUCAAUGUCUCCUCUGAAAUUGAUAUUCUGAUAGGUGCCGAACUAUUCUGGGAAUUACUGUGUGUCGGGCAGAUAGGCGGUUCGACCGACCAUCCAUUGCUACAAAAGACCAGAUUAGGUUGGGUUUUGGCCGGUCGCUUCGGCGCAGCGAGUUCGCCCCUAUGGGUGCAUUCCAAUCACGCGAUAGUGACUAACCGGCAAUUGCAUGACCAAGUUGACCGUCUUUGGCAACUGGAUGAAAAUUUCGCGGCCUCAAGUACUUAUUCUCCCGAAGAAAGAUUUUGCGAAAAACAUUUUGUCGAUAACGUCUCGCAGAAUUCGCAAGGCCGAUACAUAGUAAAGCUUCCCAUCAAAGAACAUCUUCUUUCCAAAUUAGGUGACUCUCAAGAAAUUGCACUCAAGAGAUUGAGAUCUUUGGAAAAACGUUUCUCGCGCAACCCAUCACUAAAGUCUCAAUACAGCCCCCCAUUCAUGGAAGAGUACUUAGCCUUAGGGCACAUGCGGAGGGUAACCAUGCCUUCUGGCAAGGGCGCGCCAACAUUCUAUCUGCCUCACUAUUGUGUGGUCAAGCCCACCGGGGGCUCCUCGAAGCUCCGCGUCGUCUUUGCUUCAUGCAAGUCCGACUCGAGGGUUUCCCUGAACAAUGUCUUGGGAGUGGGCCCAGUGGUUCAGCAAGACCUCGCUUCAAUACUAAUACGUUUUCGAUACUUUCGCUACGUGAUAACCACGGAUAUUGUAAAAAUGUACAGACAGGUGCUAGUGGAUCCGGCCCAAACGAGUUUACAGAAAAUUCUUUGGAGAAACAAUCCUGAAGACGAGGUCGGCACUUACGAGCUGUUAACGAUAACAUACGGGACGUCUGCAGCCUCAAUUCUAGCCACAAGAUGUUUCAUCCAUUUAGCGGAGCAACACUCCGCUGAACUUCCUCUUGGAUCGCCUUGCGUCAAACGUGAUUUCUACGUCGAUGACUUGCUCACCGGGGCCGACUCCAUUCGCGAGCUUGAACAGAUUCGAGAUGAGGUCAUACGACUUUUGCGGGCAGGAUCCUUUGAGCUUAGCAAAUGGGCGUCAAACUGCCCUCAAUUGUUAGAAUCCCUACGGAAGCAUAACGGUGAAUUGAUUAGUUUAAACAGCGACGAUUCUUCUGUUCUGGGCAUUAGGUGGAGUCAAUCCCAGGACAUGCUUCUAUUUUCAUGCGAGCUCGAGCCCACGUGCAACGUCGUAUCCAAGCGGGUAAUCUUAUCCGAAAUAUCUCGGUGUUUCGAUCCAUUGGGACUAUUAGGCCCCACGAUCGUCAUUGCCAAGCUGAUACUACAGGAACUCUGGCAAUCCGGCGUCCACUGGGAUGAGUCAGUCCCACAAAACCUCCAUGCGCGAUGGCUAAAGCUCAGAGCUCAGUUAUUCGACCUGAACCAAAUACGCAUCCCCCGGGGAGUGAGGCUCAAUUCGGACCUCCACUUCAUACAGUUGCACGGCUUCUGCGACGCUAGCCAAAGCGCGUACGGAGCUUGUAUAUAUGUUCGCACCGAGUCAAGUUCCGGGGAGUACCAUUCCGAGUUGCUAUGCUCAAAAUCUCGUGUGGCCCCUAUUAAGGCCACGUCGUUGCCCAGACUCGAGUUGUCGGCGGCCUUGCUGUUGGCUCGUCUGAUUGCAAGUGUACAAGCGUCAUUGGACAGCACUGAGUACUUGCAGUCGUUGCAAGAGCGAAACAAAUGGAAAAUCAACAAAGGCAUACAGUUGCUGCCCAAUCAGCUCGUCCUCGUAAGACAGCCGAAUCUAGCGCCAUUGCAAUGGUUUCUGGGUCGCGUGCAGGAAACUCACCCAGGCGCUGACGGCGUAGCUCGAACGGCCACGCUUCAGACUUCCAAAGGCUCGAUCACGAGACCCUUAACCAAAUUAGCGAUUUUACCGCUUGAAACCUAG